CUUAAGCCCAGUUUCCCAUCGGGGCCUAAGCCGGGCCAGAGCGAGUGUCAUUGUGGGCGAGAGAAGGGAACCCUUGCGAUGGCUAAGAAUAAGGGAAUGAGAGAACGAACAGGGCAGGCGUCUUCCUCAGUCAAAAAGAGUCGCAGACAACAGAGAAAAAGCUCCUUGCGACCGAAGUCAAAGGUACCUCCAGAUUUGAAGGACCUUGAAAGCACCAUUUCUGUCAGAUCGUCUAGCAUCAAAAAGAGCAUAUUAAAAGUCCAAGUACCAGUUCCAAAACAAUUUAUUAUUCAUAAAAUAGCUAGCACAUCUGCCUGUUCACGUAGCAUGGAAGAAAUAUUGAGUGUCCAAGUUCCAGUUCCGAAAGAGAUUGUUAAGCAUUUAAGAAAGACCACCUCGGAUACUGAGCCUCUGUUACCUCCAGUUCUCCCAUCGAAUGGCACCAAAAAGGAUUCUCGUGAAGGCCAGAAUGGUUCCACCAGUUACAAUAAAAACAGCACCAUUGGACUAAACAGAGAAGAUUUGGAUGGGAAAGAGUGGUCAGAUCCUGGAGGCAAACUGAGAGGACAUGGUGAAGAAAAUACAAAUGAGAAACUUGAUUUAAAAAGUGAAACAGAAGGCACUUCUCGGACGCAAUCUCUUCACGGUAAAGUUUUUGUGAAAAAUUUAGCUACUGAAAAAACAGAGGCUUCUAUUACAAAGUCAGGUGGGACAGGCAUUGCAGAUACAAAGGAAAAUAGAAAAACUCCCGGUGGGAAAAUGAAUGCUAACUUUACUUCUGGAAAAAUUGUAAAGGCUGAAAAUAGGAGGUUGAAGGCAACAAGGAUGGCUGAAAAGGCAUUACUCAUAGUUAAAGAAACUUGCACAGAUACCAAAAAUUCUGUAACAAGUAAGGAAGUACUAGGAGAUGCAGGCUCUGGUCAAAAGGUUGACCAUGGAAUAUUAUCUAAACAGAAUGUGACAGACACACCGAUAGAAAAAAGUUCUGUUUCACGGGAAGUGAAAAUUACUCAGAAGAGUGGAACAGCGCCUGGAAACGGCACAAAGUGCAGAAGUACAACAAUGGCUGGAGGAAAGGCAAAGAACAGCAGUGCAUCAGAUGCAAGCAAAGUGGAGAGCAUUGCAAACAGUAGCACAAAGAGAGAGGCUAAUGUUGCAGGAGAGAGACAAUUUGUUAAAAGUAAUAAUAAUGAUCCAAAAAUGUCAGAUUGUGGUGACAUGCAGGUCAACCAUACCUGUGCAUCAAAUAAGAAUAAUGUAAAUGACAAAAAAGACAAUCGAAGUUCACUCUUCAAUGGACAGUCCUCAACAAAACCCCAAACAGUUGCGUUUGGUAAAGUUGCAUCAUCAUCACCAAAUGUCAAGUUUAUCAAGGAGGUCUCCAAGAGAGUGCAUAAGGCUAUGGCUAUGGCUACCACCUCUACAAAUAAUGGAGCUUUGUCUUCAAGCAAAAGCACAAAUAAGGUGUCAAGCACAUCAGAAAAUAGUGAUGCAGAGAAGAGUACAAAUGAAAAGAAAUCCAUUGAGGAUGAAUUGAAACAGGAAGAUGAAGAUGGACCUUGGGUGAAUGAUGAAAUCAAAAAGCAAAUUGACCUGCGAAAUGGAGCAUACAAACUCUUCUUGAAGAAAAGGGAUGAGAAAGUCCUAAACUACUAUCUCAGGUUGAAAGAACGUAUCAGGAAAAUGAUUGCUCAUGCCAAGCAGCGUCACUUGACCGGUAAAGCGAUGACGGAUUGUGUAGGAACUGUAAAACAAAAGGCACUGGAAUUUAAUGAAGUAGUUUUGAUUUUUGAUAAGCAAGAUGAACAUCUGUACAGGAAACUGAAGAGACUGUGUCCCAGAGCAUCUUAUAUAUAUAAGGAAAAUAUUGAUUAUCGUAAUGCAUUUGAUAGUAUUCAAGGCCACCAGUCUUUUGGGAAGAAAACUUUGUAUGUGAUGGUGUGUGGUGCAUUAACAGCUUUAUACUCUGAAGUUGACCCGACAUGUCUUAACAAGGGAUGCACUCCCGUUUAUCGUAGGUACCGUCUUGUCAGUGAAGAUGCGGAUAGCAUUUAUAAUCACCUUGUGGAACAUGCUCUGUUGUUGAGGAAGAAUGUGGAGGCCAACAACACUGAUAGAGUUAUCUUUUUAGAAAUUAUCAUUGCAGAUCUUGAUGCAUUGGAAUCCUUAGAAAUCAAAUGUCACUUUAAGAACUGUGGGCACAAACCAGAACGUUACUUUAGACAUACGCCUUGGAAGUCUACCUUGGCUGCUGCUUUUUUCAGAUUUAAUUUUUGGCUGUUGGAAGACAAAGAGGAGCGGGGGUUUUCUUGCUGGUGCUUAGAGGGGCUUCUCUUGAAUUAUCUCAAGAUUGGGGUAAUGAACAUGAAAAUUAAAACCAGAGGAAAAAUCAAAUGGCAUCCUCUUAGAAGAAAGAGGCUGAGGAUGGUUUGCCUUGCUGUACAAGAAACUUUAAUAGAUUCUGAGGGUUCCAGUGUGUCGAGUAGACAUGUUCCAACAAAAAUUGCUCCCCCUGACUGUGAAAUGGAAGCGAGGUCAGAUAUUCUUAUAGUUUAUGAAAAAAUGGUCACAGGAAAUGUAGUUAAUGAGAAAAGGGCCACAGAACCUAGCAGGAGUGAAUCACAAAACACUACAAAAGAGAGGCAAAUAAUGGAACAACCAGCAUUGCAAACUGUUGAUAAGGGACUGGCUGGUGAACUUCACAUAGUGGUGAUUUUUGACGAUCAAGAUUCUUGUUUGGAAGGCGUCAAGUUUCCAUUUGUUACAAGUAUCUUCUCAAAGAACUUUGACUUCUUUUCAGGCUGUGCAUCAGUGGAAAGUUUGCCUCCUAAACAAAAUGCUCUUAUCAUUGUUCUCUCUGGUAUCAAGACAGUUGUUAAACUUAGUAUGGAUCCAGAAUGCAUGAGAGUGGGGUGCAGUCAAAAGCUGUACAGAAUUAGCCCAACUUUAACUGACUCUGACAGUAUACUGAAAGAACUUGUGUCGGGGGCGCUGCUCUUUAGGAAACGUGUAACAGAAGGCAAAUCAAGAUAUCGUGUAGUGUUUUCUGGCCUCCUGCCACCUAGCCUUUAUCAUAUUGAUAAGUAUGCAGUUGAUAAUCAUUACAGACAGUGUAAUCAUAAAGCACCAUUACAUUCUAAAGAGUAUUUUGCAGCUAUGAACUUAGUACUUGGUGAUGCUGUGAGAAAGUACAAUACUUGGGCCAAAGAUGAUGCCUCUAUUCAAGGUUUCCUUGGUUGGGAUAUCGAAAGUAUUUUUACAACAGAAUCCUCCAAAAUUUUCCAUCAUGAGCUUGAACACGAUGGGGUUUCAUUGACUCAUGUUUGUCAAGAAAAGCGCAAGAAUGCACUGAAGGGUGCCAUAGAGUAUACGCACACCAUUUUAGUACCAGCAGUGCAAGAAUCCAGUAGGAGCAGUGACGAACUCAAGUUUAUACCUACAGCGAUCACCCUGGUGUUUGAUGAAACUCAAGAUUUCUUGGCCAAUAUUAAGAUGCCUCUUGUAUCUUACCUGAAUACCUCCAAUUCUCAUAUUCGUUUCCAAGAUGUUCAUGCAGAAAUAAAAUCCCUAAAGUAUGCUCGGGAGAGAACUCUGUACGUCAUCUUUGGUGGAAUAGAGACUGUUUUCCGGUUAACAGAGGAUUCCGAUUGCAGGUUUUUCAGUUGCCAUUCACCAUUAAAGAGGAUAGAGUUACUUUCAGAAAGAGAUGAUGUAUUAGCUAAGAUGCUGGUCUCAUAUGCUCAGUCUCUAAAAAGGGAGAUUGAAAGGAUAAACAAGUGUAAAGUAAUUUUUCGUACGUUGCUUCCCAUUGAUCUUAAGACUGUUGACGAAUACGCUAUAAGGGAGCACCUCAGGAGAUGCAAGCAUCAAGCCAGGUAUCACCCAAAGGGGUGGCUAGAGAAACAGAACAGGACCUUGGCCCUUGCUGUGGAUCGUUUCAAUGUCUGGGCUCGGUCGGAUGCCCGCCAGCUUGGACUUUGUGACUGGAAUGUCGACGACAUCUUUGCUGGUCUUACAAUUGGCUCUGAUUUCAUGUUUUUGCCAGACACCAGAGUAGAUGGCCGUUCUCUCACAAGGAAAUGGGAGUCACUCAUGACUGAAGUUAUUACUACAUCACUGGAGAAGACAUUUGAUGCCAUAAAUCAAAUUAAAGAAAACAAAAAGGUGGAGACUUCAGGAUCCAGGCCAUGUACAGUAACGCCCAAUAUGCUGUCAUCUUUUAGUAAAGCUGAGAACCACCAGUUUGACCACGUGGCAAUUGUUGUCAAUACGUUGUACUCGCACAUCCUUCAGGACUUUCAGUCGCCUCGUGUUACUGUAAUUGAAGCCGAGCAGUUGACUGUCUGUCAGAUCCCAAGAUUGGUAAAACAGCAUCACUGUGGAAAAGACAAAAAGAUUCUCUGGUUGCUGCCUGUAGGGAUUUAUAGCCUUACUGAGUUUUACCAGCAUCCAUCAUGUCAGCAUUGCGCUAGCCCCCUUCAUGUGCUAACCCUCGGACACGAUGGACUGCCAUCAGAGGAAUAUAUGAUGAAUCAUAACAAAGAUAUGUUGCAGAAAGCCAGAGCCCUUUAUCAAGUGUUACAGCAAGAGUUGGGUCCUGAUGCUUUCGUUCUUUUUGUACCUCCAAUACGUGCUAUGGUGGUGGUUAAAGAAAUGUUCCAGUCACACCCAUUACUCCACAAGGUCUGUGAAAUGAACAAUGCAUUUUGUGCUGAUGCUGAAAUGCUAAGUGUAUUAAGGGAGUAUUACAAUCGGUUUUGUGAACUGUGGAAGAGUUUAGUCCCUGGAAAAUUCAGUGCUCUCUCCUCAUUGUCUAUAAUUACUAAGUACCAAAUAGAAAAUCAGGGACAGAAUGUAGUGCCUAUAGUAGAUGAUGAGGAUUACACUUUUGCUGUUGAAAUAUGGAAGGAUAUGCUCAAGGACUUUAUUAGGGAAUCUCUUGGUGCUGUUCAUAUUGAUCAGAACUCCAUUUCCAUACAUCCUGACAAAGGAAAGCAUAUCUUGCAUGAGCUGCCUAAUAGAAAGUGUGUCAGUACAGUUCAAAGUGGUCAGAACAUGGGAAAUAAUAUCUUACCCAAGCCACGUAAUACACAUUCCAUCAGUGCAUUUCAAAGUGGUCAGACCAUAGGAAAUCAUAUAUUACCAAAGACCCCUAAUAGACAGUCCAUCACUGCAGUUCAUAGUCAAAGGACUAGGGGACAUUCCUCAAAGCCACCUUAA